CAUUCGCCCGCGGCCCGACGGUGAUGGACCUACGCUGUUAAAGAAAUGUCACAUGCGUUUGUCACUAAGUCGCACGUUUUUAACAUAGGUUCCAUCUUUUCAUAAUUUUUCUGCAUAUAAUUGUGAACAGGUAGCCUUUUUUCUUUCUUUACCUGGACGAGGAUUUCAUUUGUGUUAGUGACGUUGUGGCGAGCAUAGGAUGAUUACUUCUUAACGGCUUGUGUUUGGAGACAAUUUAAUCAGUUUUGAUAAACAAAGGGAAAAAUGGAAUUUUCAAAAUCGUUUUUCCAGUUUGUUAUUUUGAUCUCCUUUUUGGGAUGGACUUUAGCUGCUUCGCCAUCGACUUGUUAUAGAUGUCAACAUGGCGAUACAUGUAAACCUCCCAGUUGUGUAUGCUGUGGAAAAGAUAUGCCUCUUGAAAAAUCCAGAACACCUCAGAUGGUAUUUUUUACUUUCGAUGAUGCAGUUAAUACUUAUAUUGCCAGUUUUUAUAGAAAACUUUUUGAUUCUAAUCGUAGAAAUCCAAAUGGAUGUCCGAUAUCCAUGACCUUAUUUAUUUCGCAUGCCAAUACUGUUUAUUCCUUGGUAAGAGAAUUUUACCAGAAAGGUUUCGAGAUUGCAUCCCACAGUGUCACUCACAGUCAUCCAAGCUCGGAUACUUUCAAAAAUGAGGCAGAAAAGCAGAAAGACAACUUAGCCAAAAAGGCCCGGAUACCAAAAUCAAAGAUCCGCGGGUGGAGAAGUCCAUUUUUAGAGCCAAUGGGAGAUGCCCAACCAAACAUUCUUCAGUCUUUGGGAUAUUCGUAUGACGCCACCCUUACCAUCAGUAAAACAAAACAAACAGAUCAAGCACCUCUUCCUUUCACAUUGGACUACGGAUGGCCAUAUGACUGCAAGAUCAAACCUUGUCCAAAAUCAACACACAGAGGAUUUUGGGAAGUACCUGUAGUAUCUGUUACAGACUACCUUGGCAAAUACGAAUGUGUGUAUGUCGAUGGAUGCAACAAUCCUCCGCCUGAUGAGGAAUCUGCUUACAAAUUUCUGUGGGAAAAUUUCAAUAGCUAUUAUAGGACCAACAAAGCGCCAUUUGGUAUUAACAUGCACGCAGCUUGGUUUUACGUACCAGACCGAUUAAGGGCUAUGGACAGAUUUAUACAGGAUUUAUUGAAACUAGAUGAUGUAUACAUUGUCUCUGUAAAGCAAGUUAUAUCGUGGCUAAAGCAACCUACUCCAUUGGAGAAGCUGAAGAGUUUUAAACCAUGGACAUGCACCAAUCCCCGUGAUCGCUCUGCGCCAAAACUUCACGCAAAAGGACUUUUCGCUGGCGACAAAAGAAAUCGUGGCAUCGUAAGUCAACCAGAAAUUUCUGACCACAGUCACAACGCUUUUGACCAGCAUCAAACUCAGUUCAGAGAGAAUACCCAUAGAGAACAACAUUCACACGAUAAUUCUCACACCUCAGGAAGUUUACAUCAUACGAGUAGAUUUAACCCGAUCAAGGCACAAAGACAGCAGUCUUCUAUACGGAAUUCUUAUCUUUUUCAACGCAUGCAACGCAGGAAAGCGAUGAGGAAAACCAUUCGAACAACAGCUAUGCCCCCUCCACCGCCAGUGCAGCCAAGACAGAAAAGUUCGAAUUUGCCAAUUCCGAAACCACCGUCACCAUUGACGAGACAGAACAAAAGACAACAGAAUUUGUAUGAAUCACCAGCCUAUUCUUGGCAAUCAAUUCUUACAAAUAAAGUUAAUAAUGAAGAGCAACAAUCAAGACGACAGACGAAGGCAACCAGAGGAAACUUCGGUAAUAUCAGUACAUCGUUGCUCUCCCAUCAUGCACACAGUCAUACUGACAAUAGUCACAUUCCACCAAUGAUUCAUGUUCCAGAUGUGGAGGAUAACACCAGAACACAAACUCAAACACACAAAGACACCAAAGAGAAGACAACAAUCGUUGAAUCAAGCACGGUUUCAACAAACGACUCUCCAGUGGACCACCAAAUAUCACUGGUGACUACAAGUUCGCCCAAAAGUGCUGACACAAAAGUAAAUUUUGAAUUUAUAGGCCCGUGGAGUGUUGUAAAGAGCAAAACGAACUCCCCUGUCAUAUCAUCUUUACAAGAAUGGAUAGAAUCCCAAAAGAAGCAGAAAUAUGUGAGUUCUGGCAAGACAAAAGGCAAAACUGUCGCAUUAUCCACUGCUUUAGAUCAAGAAAAAACGCAGGAAAAAUCUCAAACUUCAACUUUGCCUUCAAAUGAAACAAAUUGUAAACAAGGGGAAAACUGUAAACUUCCCUCAUGUUUUUGCAAAACUACAAGUUAUCCAACAAGCAUGAAGCUUAGCGACGUACCCCAGAUUGUUUAUAUUACUAUCGACGGAGGCAUCAAUUUUCUCACGUAUUCAAAAAUGAAAACUUUGUUCAAUGAUAACAGACGAAACCCUAACGGAUGCCGAAUCGGGGCUACUUUCUUUGCCAAUGGAAGAGGAUCUAGCUAUCGUUUAGCUAAUUUAUUAUACAACGACGGCAUCGAAAUUGGUUUGAACGGACUACAAUCGUCAGCCUAUGAAACUUCUGAAAGCUUGCUAUCGGAUAUAAAUCAACAAACAGAAAGCUUCCGUUCCCAUUCGGCUAUCCCUGAGGAGGAAAUUAAAGGGUGGAGGUCUCCAGAACUGUUUGAGGAAACAGUGCCGAACAUUGAUGUCUUACACAAGAGGGCAAUGUAUGAUUCAUCACUUGUUCUACGAAACAGUACUAGUAAUGAUAAGCUCAAACCAUGGCCAUUUACCUUAGAUUUUAACACAAAUAAAUGUGCUGGAGGAAAUUGUUCCUCAACAGUAAAUGCUGGGAUUUGGGAAGUUCCCGUUAUUCCAAUGACAUCACUCAAUGGCGUGGCAUGCACAUAUGCCGAUAAAUGCAGAGGUCUAAAAACAACAGAGGAAACCGUUGAAUAUUUAAUGAAUAAUUUUAAUUCAUAUAAGACAAACAAAGCUCCAUUUGGAAUUCAUAUAUCUCGUGACUGGUUUUACUGGUAUAACAAUAGAAAUUUUGCAGGACUUUCGGAAUUCAUAGACAAACUAUUACAAAAUGAAGAUGUUUACAUUGUAUCAGUAUCCAAAUUGUUACAAUGGAUGAAAAAUCCCGUUUCAUUAUCGUCAGCUAAAUCAUAUUCUCCUUGGAGUUGUUGAAAUGUUCAUGUUGAAGAUGUGUGUGAAUGGUUGUUUUAAUUUAUUGUGUUUUGGUAUAAAAUAAAUGAAGAAAAAACCUA